CAGUUCAUGCGUAGACGGAAACUGGAGUCGUAUUAACUGAGGGGCCGAAACAAAGUAGUAUCGUUAACCGAUAGUUAAGACAGAAUCCAUAUUUAUAGUUAUCCAUUAUUAUUAAUAUCUGGCAAACGAUUAGAAGUUAGAAGAAGAAGUAAAGACAAAGAUGGAGUCUCAAGCACAGUGGAAUCCGCUUCUAUCAUUUUCAAGGUUUAUCCACCAAAAUUGUCUCCACCUUGCAACUCGUUUCGAACACACAAAACGACUUGCCGGAACCCUAAUUCAAUCCCACACUCGUACCAAACCCGCAUUCGCCGCUACUCUGACUUCCAACCACGUCGUCAAGUCCCUUGCCGGCACCUCCGUUUACACCGUUAGCAAUUCCAAUAAUGAAUUCGUUCUUAUGUCUGAUCUCGAAGGUGUUAAAUCUAUUGGUUUGCUUUGCUUUCGCCAAGAGGACGCCGAAGCAUUCCUUGCUCAGGUUCGUUCGCGGAAAAAGGAACUCCGUGGCAAUACUAGGGUUGUUCCCAUAACUCUUGAACAGGUAUACAUGUUGAAGGUUGAAGGAAUUGCGUUCCGAUUUUUACCCGAUCCAAUUCAAAUAAAGAAUGCACUGGAGCUCAGAGCAGCCAACAAGGGAGGUUUUGAUGGAGUUCCUGUUUUUCAGUCAGACCUUUUGGUUGUGAAGAAGAAGAAUAAGCGCUAUUGCCCUGUAUAUUUCUCUAAGGAAGAUAUUGAACAAGAACUAUUGAAGGUUUCCAAGGCAUCUAGAGGUGCUGGAGUUUCUCAGCAUAUAAUGGUUGGUAGCUUCGAAGAUGUACUAAGAAAAAUGGAGAUAAGUGAAAAGAGAUCAGGAUGGGAGGAUUUGAUUUUUAUUCCCCCAGGAAAAAGUCACUCUCAACAUAUACAAGAAAUUAAUGCUUAAUUCCUAGAGCACCCAUUUAAGCUAACCAUAGUUUUUUGUGGUUUUCUUGAGCAAAUUGGAGGUUAUUGUUUCACAUUCUAGUCAGCCGAUGAGAUGUCAGCACCUCUGCCUUCCAGUAGUUUCUUUUCUUUUCCUCUCAAUAGAAAUUCCUUCUCGUGCAGAUACUGCUUUAAGGAUUCCCAAUGCAUAUAAGGUAUAUCUAUAUGUGAAAGAGGACAUAACCACCAUUGUUGAGUAUGUUAAAUACUAAAUGUAUGAGAUAGUUCCUACUAAUACAUGUACAGUUUUUUCAUUUUGGCGACAGCUGUAACCCAGCAGCUUAAAUUAUACUUUUCCAUGAGUUAAGGGAAGAUAGUGGUAUUCGUCAA